AUGGGGGUCGAAGACAAGGAUGAGGACUUUGAGGAGACCGACGAGGAUCGCUGGGACGGGCGGAGGGGUAAACACGAGCCACAAGGAUUCGCGCGGCUCGGCGUCUCGCUCCGGUGCGGGCGGGGCCCCAUUCCAGCCUCGGCCCGUAGUCAGUACGGGUCCAACUUGACCCCCACAGGCAAUAUCUUCCCGCUGGUGGCACAAAUCAUCAAAUCCGCUUUGCCGGCAACCGCAGCUGGUUCCCAUUCUCCUGAUGGCGCUCUCAGCAUCGAUUCCCUCUGUGAGGAUCUCUCUGAAGACCCCACUCCGGCCGGCCGCGUCUCGCCUACACCUGGCAAAGCCUUGAACCUUUCCUUGGAGGAACGUGAGGAGGUGGGGUGGUCCAGCCCGUCACAGGGUGCCUCGGACCAGGAAUACUUGCGCAACAGCGAACAGAGGAGCAAGCUGAACCAUGAUCGCCCCUCCCGGAAGCUCAUGCUGGAGGCGGCUGCUGCUGCUACUAACACCUCCCCUCCCCCGGCACUUGAUCUCCACCAGGCCCCGGCCAUAUGCGACGCCAACUCCGCGGAGGGACAGCUACUCCUCCUGGACGCUCCCAUUCCGGCGCUUGGGGCACCGGUGGCUCGAGGCCCUCGCUCUAAGGCUUCCCCGGCGGAGGCUUUGCGCAAGAGUGCGCGUUCCAAAGGAGCUACUGAUGGACCGGUCCUGGAGCGGGCCAUUCGCGCCACGGCGGACAAGAACAACCUCUCCAAGAGCGUCAUCGACACGGCUACCCCUUCAUCGUCCACCCCCGCCCCAGGUACUUCCCCCUCCCUUGCCGACUUUGUUGCUUUUCAAGAUUCCUCCUUGGCCCACCUGCUCAAGGUGGCCAAGGAUAGCUGUAUUCUGUUCAAAUCCACAGAAGGGUCACCGGCGCAAGCGGUGGCUCUUCUCCAGGCGCGUGAACGCGCACAAGCGGAGCUCUUGGCAGCUAGGCGAAGACUUGAAGAAGAAGAGGCCAAGACUAAGGAAGAGGCAGCUCGAGGCGAGCUGCAUCCAGACUCUACUGGCGGGGGCCCAGAGGCUGGCUCCAAGGGGGAGCCACCCUCGGACGCCGGCAGUCCUGCUCUCAAGGGUUCAGUGGGGGAUCCUCUGUCGGGCUCGGGCAAAGCCAAGAAGUCUACUGUCUCUAAGCGACGAGCUGCUCGCAGGCCCACGCCAGACUUCACGGACGCCGAGCUUACAAGUCUAGAGGUGGGCGAGAAAUUCUUCUGGUCUUGGCUUCCAGCUAACGGCCACUCGGGGGGCAUGCUACUGGGAGUUAGGGACAGCUUGUUCGAAGUGGGAAGAAUGGACAGGGGUCAACUCUUCCUUAGUUUAUCUGUCCUUCAUCGGGUAUCCAACAAGAAGCUGGAGGUUAUUGGGAUUUAUGGGCCUGCAGACCACGCUCGUUCCAGGGGGUUCCUGGACGAGAUUUCGGGCAAGAUUGCUAGGUGCACUCUGCCCAUCCUCAUGGGAGGUGACUUUAACCUAAUCAGAGCUGCUGAGGAUAAGAGCAAUGCCAACCUUAACUGGCCACUGAUUGACUUGUUCAACAACACCAUUGCGUCCUGGGCUCUGAGGGAGAUUCCGCGCACGGGAGCACGGUUUACUUGGUCUAACCAUCAACUCAAUCCGGUCCGGUCUGCUCUUGACCGCGUGUUCGUUUCUGCCUCUUUUGAAGCAAUUUUUCCUCUGUGUUCCCUGUCUGCUGAGACCAGCCUGGGGUCCGAUCAUACGCCGCUUGUCUUCGACACUGGAGAGGGUUUCCCAGUGCGCUCCAACAGAUUUUUCUUCGAAACAAGCUGGUUUGAGCGCCAGGAGUUUAUCCCCUUGGUCCAGCAAUCUUGGGAGAGAUUGUUGACCAAGGUGGGUGGCCGCGACAUCAUUGAUUGGUGGAACUUCAUGUCCUCUGGCCUUAGGCAGUUGCUUAGGGGUUGGAGUCAGAACCUUGGAAGGGAUACCAAGGCUGAGAAAGCCGCUUUGCUGACCAGGAUCGCCGAACUUGAUGUGCUGGCCGACGCCACAGGUCUUGACGAGGAUGCCUGUACCUCGAGAUACCACCUGGAGGAGCAGCUGCUACAUAUAUACAGAAUGGAGGAGGAGCACUGGCGACAGCGCGGCAGAGUGAGGUGGGCGUUGCAGGGUGAUGCAAACACGGCCUAUUUUCAUGCGGUCAUUAUCAAAGAGAUGAAAACCGACACCGCUCCGGGACCGGAUGGCUUCCCCGUGGCUUUCUUCAAGCGCUUCUGGCCUCAGACCAAACAUGGCAUCCUGCACAUCCUCAAUGACUUUGUGCUGGGGUGCAUUGACAUUUCCAGGCUUAACUUUGGCAUCCUGUCGCUCAUCCCGAAAGUUCCUGGGGCGGAACAAAUCUCUCAGUACCGACCGAUUGCCCUGAUCAAUGUUAUCUUCAAGAUCAUCUCCAAAGCGUAUGCCUCCAAGCUUGACCCUAUCGCCCACAGAAUCAUUUCCCCGAACCAAACAGCCUUCAUUAAGGGAAGAAAUAUCCUUGAUGGCCCUCUUGCUCUCUUGGAGAUCAUUCAUGACAUCCGGAAAAGGAAGCACAGCGGGGUGCUUCUCAAGCUAGACUUUGAAAAAGCGUAUGACAGGGUGAACUGGGACUUCCUGGGGGAAGUUCUCCGCUGCAAAGGCUUUGACGCAGGGUACAUCCACAGGAUUCUGCAGCUUGUCUCCGGGGGGCAAACUGUGAUCUCUAUUAACGGUGAGGUGGGUCCGUUUUUUAGGAAUAAGAGAGGGGUUCGUCAGGGAGAUCCACUUUCCCCACUGCUCUUCAAUUUUAUCGGAGAAGUGCUCUCUGGGAUCUUAUCUGCCGCGGCGUCGGCAGGCCACAUCCAUGGGUUAGUUCCUCACUUGCUGCCAGGAGGUAUCACGCACCUGCAAUAUGCCGACGACACGCUUAUCCUCAUCCAGGGUUCGGACGAGGAUAUCGCGAACCUUAAGUUCCUCCUGAUGUGCUUCGAAGAUAUGUCCGGGCUCAAAAUCAACUACCACAAAAGUGAAGUGUUUGUCCUGGGGCAGCGUGCCAGUGAGAGAAACAGCAUAGCCAACAAGCUGAACUGCAAGCUCGGCAGCUUCCCGUUUAUCUACUUAGGGCUGCCAAUUUCGGACAGGAAACUUACGCUUGAGCAAUGGCUGUUCUUGGUUAGGAAGCUUGCUGAUAAGAUUGAGCCCUGGGUGGGUAGACUGCUGUCCUCGGGGGGGAGGCUCAUCCUUUCCAACUCCUGCCUUGACAAUCUUCCAAUUUUUGCGAUGGGAUUGUUUCUUCUGCAUGAUGGGAUACAUGCCAGGUUUGACUCGCAUCGGUCCAAGUUCUUUUGGGAAGGAGCUGACCCAAAGAGGAAAUAUCACCUGGUGAAUUGGCCGGCGGUUUGCCGUCCUAAAGAGGUUGGGGGCCUAGGCCUGCUAAACACCACGAAAAUGAACUUAGCUCUUCUUCUCAAGUGGAUUUGGAGGCUCUACCAGGAUGUAGACACGAUCUGGGCUCGAAUCAUCCGUGCUAAAUACGGUGACGCUUCUGACUUGUUCUCGGGUUCAGGCCACGGUGGCUCCCCCUUCUGGAAAAGCCUGCAUAAAAUCAAACAUCUGUUUAAAGUUGGUGCAAAACAUGAGGUCAGGAAUGGUAUCCGCACCAAUUUCCGGAAGGAUUGGUGGAUUGGGAGGGGCCCCAUCAUGGAUUCAUUCCCUUUGCUCUUUGCCAUCUGUGAUAACCCUGACAUCUCGGUAGCAAAUGCCCUUCACCAUGAUGAGCUGCACAUCCGCUUCCGGAGAUCCCUGGAUCAGGAAGCUGUGGAGCCUAAAGGCCAAGGCAAGAGAAAAGGAGGGGCUAAGCUGGAUGGCACGCGAGCUAAGGGAGCUGUACGUGCAGCUCAAGCCACCGGCGGUCUGAAGAAGUAG